AUGUUCACCCCUGCCCACUACCUUUUGCCUCUCCUGCUGGUGAUAGGCACUGGGGGAGCCAUGCCCAGCCCCUGGGCACCUCCCCCAGGCUGCUACGUGGCUGAGGAAGCAGGUGAGCCGACAUUCCGCUGCAGCCAGGCCGGCCUGAGCACUGUGCCCAUUGGCAUCCCCAAUGACACCCGCAAGCUCUACCUGGAUGCCAACCGGCUGGCAUCGGUGCCCGCAGGAGCCUUCCAGCACCUGGCCUUCCUGGAGGAACUGGACCUGUCUCAGAACAUCCUUGCCCACCUCUCAGGGGCUGCCUUCCAGGGCCUGGAGGAGACUCUACGCCUUCUUGAUCUCUCAGCCAACCAACUGGCUUCGCUGCCUGUGGAGGCCUUUUCCAGGCUGCAGAUCCAAGUGAACCUGUCAGCCAACCCCUGGCGCUGUGACUGUGCCCUCCAGGAGGUGCUCAGGCAGGUGAGGCUGGCACCGGGCACAGCCACGGGCAUUGUGUGUGGUCCAGGGGCCAGGCCAGACCUGGUGGGGCAGGAGUUCCUGCCACUGGCUGGGGAAGAGGAGUUGUGUGGGCCAGGGCGUGCUGGGGCCCCGAGGAGCACCGAUGUAGCCCUGCUGGUCGUCAUGGGGGGCUGGAUGGUGCUGGUCGGGGCCUAUCUGGCCCAUUAUGUGUGGCAGAAUCGGGACGAGACCCGGCGCCCCAUUAAGAGGCCCCCAGCGCUGCCCGUGCGCUCAGAAGACUCCUCCACCCUCAGCACAGUGCUUUGA